AGGAAAGGGCGAGCCCCAGCCCCAGCCCCGGCCCCAGCCCGGUGAGAGGUGCUGCAGCUGCGCGCCGCAGAGGACGGGCGAAACUCAGCGCAGCGCUGAGCGGGUCACCCUCCCCUCCCCAGCAGCUCGCCACGCCGUCGGGAUGGAGAGCCGGCCCUCGAAGGAGCCCGAGAUCGAGCUCUUUGUCAAGGCUGGUCUGGAUGGAGAGAACAUCGGGAACUGCCCCUUCUGCCAGCGCCUCUUCAUGGUGCUGUGGCUCAAGGGGGUGAAGUUCAACGUCACCACGGUGGACAUGACCAGGAAACCCGAAGAGCUGAAGGAUUUAGCGCCGGGCACCAACCCACCCUUCCUGCUGUUCAACAGGGAGCUGAAAACUGACUUCAUCAAGAUCGAGGAGUUCCUGGAGCAGACCCUGGGCCCCCCCACGUACCCGCACCUGAGCCCCAAGUACAAGGAGUCCUUUGACGUGGGCAGCGACAUCUUCGCCAAGUUCUCGGCUUACAUCAAGAACCCGCGCAAGGAAGCAAACAGCAACCUGGAGAAGGCGCUGCUGCGGGAAUUUCACCGGCUGGACCAGUACCUCAACAACCCGCUGCCCGAGGAGAUCGACCAGGACAGCGUGGAGGACAUCACGGUCUCCAAGAGGAAAUUCCUGGACGGGGACCACCUGACGCUGGCCGACUGCAACCUCCUGCCCAAGCUGCACAUCAUCAAGAUCGCGGCCAAAAAGUACCGCGACUUCGAGAUCCCGGCUGACAUGACGGGCGUCUGGCGCUACCUCAACAACGCCUACGCCUGCGAUGAGUUCAGCCACACGUGCCCGGCGGACGAGGAGAUCAUCCACACCUACGCCAGUGUGGCCAGGAAGAUGACCUAGCCCCGCUGCAGGACCGCCGGGCCCUCCGCCUCCCACCAUACCCUGGUCGAGAGAGGGGCUGGAGGGGGGUUUUUGGCACCCCGAGACCCCGAGCUGUGGAAGCAGCACCUUGCUUUGCACCCCCCCUCCCGUGCGUGCCACCACCUACGGACCGGUGGCUGCGUGGCCAAAGUGGCAACCGUGCCACUGUGCCUCCCCUCCUUGCCCUCCCCCAAAAAAAAACACAAACCCAACGCCCUGCUCUCGUGACACGCCACGGGAAAAGCCAAGCACCGGGCUGCCGUGGUGGAGACGAGACCUCCCCAAAGGUCCCCCCACCGCCCGUCCCACGAGGCACCCGGGCUCCAGCUGGAGACCCCAAAAAGCUCUUCCCCUGCUGUUUGGCUGCGGGGGUCUCCUUGCAGACCUGCAGCCCAUCAGGGCACCCUGAAGGGGCCAAGUGGUGCCGGCUGUGAUCUCCCACCUGGCCCCUGCUGGAUACAAGACCCUGAGGGUCCCCGCAGGGGAUGCAGCCACGUGCAGCCCCCCGCCCGCUGCCCCUUCCCUGCUCCCACCUGGUCUGGGAGACACCCGGGCAGCUUUGGUGCCAGCCUGGCUCCGUUUUUGUGCCUUCCCACCCGGUGCCAAAGCCCCCUGGCCUCCCCACUCCACCCCUCCACCUCCUCCAAGGGCUCCUGCCCACGCCUGCCAAUUCCACCAGCCCCCUCGAGCCCCCCGUGGCCACCAAAAAAUACUGUACAGUGAGCGCCAGGGCCCCGCGGGGACCCCCCCCCCCCCGGCAGAGCCACCCGCCAGCUCUCACUGCCACCUCCCUCUUUGCACUAAAAGGUGUGUCCUCGCCAGCCUGCUCCCACAGCACCGGGUUUGGGGACUGCUUUUGUAACUGAUGGGUUUCGGGUUGUUUGUUGGGUGUUAUUUUUUUUUUUCUUUUUCUAUUUUGUAACUAAGAACAGCAAUAAACUUUAUUUUAAUACGC